UUUCGCUAGACACAUAGAAACAUCGUCAAAUUUUGUUUAUGAAACAUAUAGUUUAAAAUUAAAGUCUUACUUAAGUGUACCCUUAUCCUUUUAAAAUGUAUAGAGUGAAAUCUAUUUCCUUUAUUGGUAGCCUAGUAUAUCAACAAUUUCCAAAAUCAUGUCCAGCAAGCCUUAUCAACGUAAAUUAUUCGACAAAACCAUCCGGUUUCUUUUCAAAAUUUAUAGAUAACCUUAAACAAGAAAUGUCGAAAAGUAAAGAAAUGAAAGAAAAUAUACAAAAAUUUCGUGAGGAAGCACAGAAAUUAGAACAAUCCGAUGCUUUAAAAUCGGCAAGAAUGAAGUUUAAUGCAGUUGAAUCUGAAGCUCAAAAAAGUUCAGAUGUUCUUAAAGAAAAAAUUGGUAUUAUAAAAGAUAAGGUACAUGACGUUAUAGAAGAGGCUGGCAAAACAGAUAUAGCCCGUAAAGCUAGUCAAGUAGGUGAGGGUAUAUCAAAAUCUGCUAAAAACGUUACAGAUGCUAUUGGAGAAAAAGGUCAACAAUUUGCAAAAAGUGGUGCAUUCCAAACAAUAACCCAAACAACGGAAAUUAUUAAAAAGGAAAUAGGGACUCAAAGUAUACAUGGAAGAGUAUAUCAGAAGCCGAAGAAACUUCGAAAACGAAACGAAAUAUCCGAAUUUAAGCCAGUUGAAGUUAAUGAAAAGGAUACUGGGAUUGAACUUCAUAAAGAUUCAAAAUUUUUUGCGUCAUGGGAAGAAUUUAAAAAUAAUAAUACUUAUGUAAAUAAAGUUUUAGAUUGGAAAAUGAAAUAUGACGAAUCUGAGAAUCCAGUUAUACGAGCAUCUAGAUUAUUGACUGACAAAGUUUCGGAUGUUAUGGGUAACAUAUUUUCUAAAACCGAACUUUCAGAAACUCUUACAGAAAUAUGUAAAAUAGAUCCAGAUUUCGAUCAGAAACAAUUUCUUAAAGAUUGUGAAAGAGAUAUUAUUCCAAACAUACUAGAAUCAAUGAUAACAGGAAAUUUAGACAUACUAAAAGAUUGGUGCUUCGAAAGCACGUAUAACAUAAUUUCAACGCCUAUUAAACAAGCUAUCAAAUUGGGAUAUGUAUUAGAUUCAAAAGUACUCGAUAUUGAAAAUAUAGAUUUAGCCAUGGGAAAAGUAAUGGAACAAGGACCAGUUUUAAUAAUUACUUUUCAAACACAACAAAUAAUGUGUGUGAGGGAUAGAAACAAUAACGUAAUAGAAGGGGAUCCCGAAAAAGUAAUGCGAGUUAAUUAUGUAUGGGUUCUGUGUAGAGAUAUGAACGAAAUAAAUCCGAAGGCAGCGUGGCGUUUAAUGGAGUUAUCAGCUAAUAGUCAAGAACAAUUAGUUUAAAAUUAAAAUAUGAUUAAAUAUAUUAAAAAAUUUUAUUAUUUAAGAAUGCUUUUCGUUUUUUCACGAAAAUUUUAAAUUACGUUUUCGUAAUAGAAUUUUGUUACCAUCUUCACAUAUAGGUUUAUAUAUAAGAGUAUUUAAAAAAUAGCAAAAACCAUUUUCCUAACUUGGUGAUUUGUUAUGAAUAAAAUACUACAAAGUAUAAAUGUCUAAAGAUGUUAAUUUGUUACUGUUUAAACAUUUUAGACAAACUAUGGAUUACAAAAAUUCGUACAAAAACGAAAAUAAAACAAAAUUACAAACUGUAUAA